UGAGAAUCGAAAUGUCUCACUUUGAGGCGAAUUGCAGCAAAGUUGAACAGCAGCUAAUGUAUCAUAAUAAGCCAGGCAAUGUGACGAUCUAAACACUUGCCACAGAAUCAGAGGUAAACAUCUAUGUUGCUGCUUAGGGAAUACAAUAUAUUGCCUGUACUAGCUCAUGCAAUCUGCGAGUCAUGGCGCCAUGCACACAAUUUUUCUCGUCCAGCCCACAGGUUACCCACUUACGUCGCAAGGGGAAAGAGGAUAGAAGCUAUGGGGGCUAAACAUGGGAAAAGAAGGGACACGCCGAGCAAGAACAAUACAGGGUAAGACUUGAUGCCAAGAGCGUGCCAAGCUAUCAGCACGUUGUUCCUUGCAUAGUCGCCAAGAGGCGUCAAUGGUCGCAUAAUAAUGCUCCUUCGAGAGGGACUUUUGUGGGUACAAUACUAGCUGAGGCUGCUUCCUAUUUUGGACGACAGUGGGAUUCAGACAGUACUACAAUCACAUAUAAGAGACGAGUACUAGAGAUAAUCUUCGUGAGGAAGGUCAAGUAGAAUCACCACCAUGUCUAAACAAGAGCUUGUGGAGAUGGACAGCCAAGAGAAUAUCACCGUGGUGGCUGAGAAGCCUACCGGGUAUCAAAUUCAGUUUCCACACGGAUGGAGACUGUGCUUGAUUAUAGUUGGACUCAUGAUCAGCCUUUACUUGGUCAAUCUGGAAGUGACUAUCGUCAGCACUUCGCUUAUCGCUAUCACAAGUGACCUAAAUGGUUUCAGCAAAACAAGCUGGAUCAUUACUGGGUUCCUCAUUACAUUCACUGGUUUCAUGUCCAUCUGGACCAGGGUCAGCGAUAUCAUUGGCAGAAAGAAAACCCUGUUGGCUGCUGAGGUGAUCUUCUUGGCAUUUUCGCUCGGAUGCGGGCUAUCCCCGUCAGUCAACACGCUCAUUAUAUGUCGAUCAUUCCAAGGAAUUGGUGGUGCUGGGAUUUAUCCGCUCACCAUCUUAUGCGCCUAUGAGACUGUCCCCAAGUCGAAGGUGCCCCUAUUGGGCGGCAUGUUGUCGAUAGCCAUUGCAUGCGCAGCUUUGACAGGCCCUCUCAUUGGCGGCGUACUGUCGCAGAAUUCGGAGUGGAGAUGGGUUUUCUACGUGAACCUCCCUCCUGGAGCAGUAGCCGUGAUAAUGCUAAUUAUCGCCAUGCCCGCGAACCAUGGCUCGGUGCCAUCGAAAUCUAUCGCCCAUUUAAAACCGAGCAUCAACCUCUUCCGAGAGCUGGAUCUCGUCGGUGCUAUUCUGCUACUCAGUGCCUCUUUACUGCCUAUCACUGUUUUGAAUGAAACUAAUCUGUCAUUUGAGUGGGCCUCUGGAACUGCAAUUGGGCUACUCGUUGCGGGAGGUGUAUCAUGGAUGGCUUUCUUUGCUUGGGAAUGGGCGAUCGAUGGACGUCCUGGUUAUCAUCCGAUAUUUCCAAAACGAUUACUAUUCAACCGAGCUUGGAUGGGGAUGCUUAUAAUUACCUUCGCCAGCGGUUGUCCUUGGAAUGUAAUAAUUGUCUAUUUGGCACAGCGCUUUCAAGUCCUGGAAAAGUUGUCGCCCGUAGAUGCUGGGAUCCGGCUAAUCCCGUACUCGGCCCUUGCAACUGUGGGCACCGCUGUUUCUAAUCUUGCAUGCCUUCGUGGCCGUAUCCCCUUUGUAUACCUCAUCCUCUUCGGUUCCGUGCUACAAACCGUGGGAAUGGCACUCUUCUCCAUCCUUCCUCAAACGGACUCAUUUCCCAGUGCUGGGUAUGGAUAUGAAGUUAUCGCAGGCACCGGCAUUGGUGUCACUAUCGGGAUCUGUGUUCUAGCAGUACCUUACGUUGUCGAGACGCGGGACCUAGCAACAGCUACGGGCGCCCUUAAUCAAUGCCGUUUUCUCGGGGGUGCAAUCGGCCUUGCAAUUGCGGCUAACAUCCAGUACGGAAACUUAAAGAGCGAACUAGCAGGUACACUUUCACCGGAGCAGUUACAGCAACUGUUAGAAAACAGUAGCACGGCCGGGGCCCUGCCGGCUCAGCUCCAGGCUGCAAUUGGGGAUGUAUUCGCGAAGAGCUAUAGUCAUCAAUAUCAGGCGAUGAUUGCCUUCGCAGCCAUACAGAUUCCAACAUCCCUACUAAUGUUGCGACGCGGGGGGCAGUACGUGGUGAAGGAGGAUGAAACAACUGAAUCGGAGAGUAGCGGAUCAGACACGACUGUUUGAUUAUUGCACAAGAAGUAUGUGGACGGUGCAACAUGACCUCGAGGAAUUUGUUGUUAUUGCAGACACGAUUUCAAUCAUGGAUACCCUUACAUUGUGAUCCAGGGCUUGUCAGUGGAUAGUCUUCUGACUCUAUCUCACUAGCAAUUACUUUU